CUCGGGCUAGCUUUCAGGACACCGGAUUUCCAUCUGUCUCCCGGGGAGGAAGAGGGAUGCGGAUUGGGUUACGCCGCCGGAAGCGGGGCGGAAUUUUGUUGUGGCGACCUAUUGCUCCAUUAUGGAUGGAGGGGAUGAUGGUAAUCUUGUUAUCAAAAAGAGGUUUGUGUCGGAGGCAGAACUAGAUGAACGGCGCAAAAGGAGGCAAGAAGAAUGGGAGAAAGUUCGAAAACCUGAAGAUCCAGAAGAAUGUCCAGAGGAGGUUUAUGACCCUCGGUCUCUCUAUGAAAGGCUGCAGGAACAGAAAGACAGGAAGCAGCAGGAGUAUGAGGAGCAGUUCAAAUUCAAAAACAUGGUAAGAGGCUUAGAUGAAGAUGAGACUAACUUCCUUGAUGAGGUUUCCCGGCAGCAGGAGCUCCUGGAAAAGCAACGGAGAGAAGAAGAACUGAAAGAACUAAAGGAAUACAGAAGUAAUCUCAACAAAGUUGGAAUUUCUCCAGAAAACAAGAAGGAGGUGGAGAAGAAAGUGGCUGUGAAACCCAUAGAAACCAAGAACAAGUUCUCCUCAGGCCAGCUGUUGGCAGAAGCUGUGAAACAUAAGAGCUCAGAGAGUGGCAACAGUGUGAAAAGACUGAAAUCGGACCCUGACCCAGAUGACAAGAGUCAAGAAGCCCCGUCCUGCAUGUCUCUUGGCAGCACAUCCCUGAGCGCCCCUUCCAUCCACUGCCCCUCCGCUGCAGUCUGCAUCGGCAUCCUCCCGGGCUUGGGCGCCUACUCUGGGAGCAGCGACUCCGAAUCCAGCUCAGACAGCGAAGGCACGAUCAACGCCACCGGCAAGAUCGUCUCCUCCAUCUUCCGAACCAACACCUUCCUAGAGGCCCCGUAGCUCCUCUGUCCCUCCCAAAGCUCCUGCCCGAGUAGACCGGUCGGUUUGUUCCACCUCCGGGCAUCCCUUCCCUCAGAACUCCUUUGCCCGCUUCCUGUGCACACCGUGACAUUUUUAACCUCAUCUAAAAAUGUGCCAGAAUCCACUGUGGCCCAACUUGUGUUUGGUUUCUCUUUCUACUCCAGUGCAGGUGUGCGGCCCUGUCUUGCUGCCUCUUCCCUUGCCGCGGUGGUGGGGUGGGGGCCGCGGCUCUGCUGAGGUUCCCCCGGAAAUGCCUGGGAAGAUAGCCACCCGCUGGUGUGCAAAGUGUAUGGAUCCUGUUGCUUUCUUGUUUUCUUUGUUUCCCUUCCUGACGGCACAGAGAAGCAAGGGCAGUUAUGGGACAGACAUCAUUUAACCCUUCUCUUCUAGCUGAGCGCACCGUGUGGUUGUACUGCGCUGUGGAGCAUUUUGGGGGGUGGAGGGAGGAAAGCCCCCUUGGAACUGACCGUUUCUUAAUGUUGUGUGACUAAGUAAAGAUUAUAAACUACA